AUGCAGGUCCCCAGCCCCAGCGUGCGUGAGGCGGCCUCCAUGUACGGCACAGCGGUGGCCGUCUUCCUGGUCAUCCUGGUGGCCGCACUGCAGGGCUCGGCACCCCCCGAGAGCCCCUUCCCCUACCGCAUCCCCCUGGACCCCGAGGGGACCCUGGAGCUGUCGUGGAAUGUCAGCUACGUGCAGGAGACUGUCCACUUCCAGCUCCUGGUGCGGGAACUCAAGGCCGGCGUCCUGUUUGGGAUGUCGGACCGCGGCGAGCUGGAGAACGCCGACCUGGUCGUGCUCUGGACUGACGGGGACAGUGCCCACUUUGGGGACGCCUGGAGUGACCAGAAGGGGCAGAUCCAUCUGGACGCCCAGCAGGAUUACCAGCUGCUGCGGGCACAGAGGACCCGGGAAGGCCUGUCCCUGCUGUUCAAGAGGCCCUUUGGCACCUGUGACCCCAAGGAUUACCUCAUCGAGGACGGCACCGUCCACUUGGUGUAUGGGAUCCUGGAAGAGCCGUUCCAGUCACUGGAGGCCAUCAAUGUCUCCAGCCUGCAGACGGGGCUGCAGAGGGUGCAGCUGCUGAAGCCCAACAUCUCCAUCCCGGCCCUGCCCUCGGACAUGCGCGCCAUGGAGAUCCGCGCCCCAGACGUCCUGGUCCCGGGCCAGGAAACCACGUACUGGUGUUACAUCACUGAGCUCCCGGACGGCUUUUCUCGGCACCACAUCGUCAUGUACGAGCCCAUCGUCACGGAGGGCAACGAGGCCCUGGUGCACCACAUGGAGGUCUUCCAGUGCGCAGCCGAGUUCGAGAGCUUCCCCCAAUUCAGCGGGCCCUGCGACUCCAAGAUGAAGCCGGAGCGGCUCAACUACUGUCGCCACGUGCUGGCUGCCUGGGCCCUGGGCGCCAAGGCCUUUUACUACCCAGAGGAAGCCGGCCUUGCUUUCGGGGGCCCUGGGUCCUCCAGAUUUCUCCGCCUGGAAGUCCACUACCACAACCCGCUGAUGAUAAAAGGCCGGCGCGACUCCUCGGGCAUCCGCCUGUACUACACAGCCACGCUGCGGCGCUUUGAUGCGGGCAUCAUGGAGCUGGGCCUGGUGUACACGCCUGUGAUGGCCAUCCCCCCGCAGGAGACGGGCUUCGUCCUCACCGGCUACUGCACGGACAAGUGCACCCAGCUGGCUCUGCCUCCUUCCGGAAUCCACAUCUUCGCCUCUCAACUCCACACGCACCUGACGGGCAGGAAGGUGGUCACGGUGCUGGCCCGGGACGGCCGCGAGAAGGAGAUUGUGAACAGAGACAACCACUACAGCCCUCACUUCCAGGUGCUGAUGGGCCUUUGUCGGCUUGGUUCUCAGGGAGACGUGCUCAUCACUUCCUGCACAUACAACACGGGAGACAGGAAGCUGGCCACCGUGGGGGGCUUUGGGAUCCUGGAAGAGAUGUGCGUCAACUAUGUGCACUACUACCCCCUGACGCAGCUGGAGCUCUGCAAGAGUGCUGUGGACCCUGGCUUCCUGCAGAAGUAUUUCCACCUUGUGAACAGGUUCAACAGCGAGGAAGUCUGCACCUGCCCUCAAGCCUCUGUCCCUGAGCAGUUUGCCUCUGUGCCCUGGAACGCCUUCAACCGCCAAGUGCUCAAGGCUCUGUACAACUUUGCCCCCAUCUCCAUGCACUGCAACAAGUCCUCGGCUGUCCGCUUCCAGGGUGAGUGGAAUCUGCAGCCCCUUCCCGAGAUCGUCUCCAAGCUGGAAGAGCCCACCCGCCACUGCUCAGCCAGCCAGGGUCAGAGCCCCGCUGGCCCCACCAUGGUCAGCAUCGGCAGGGGCAAAGGUUGA